CCAAACCAAAGUGUUCUAUUUUCUUCAAGAUGGACGCUUUAGGCGGCGGCGGCGGCGAUGGGUUUUGGGGAAUGCGACCAUUUCGUUCUGAACAAGGAAAAGGACGGAGGAGAUCCAAACCCUCCGACGACUCUGCAGAGCCAACUGGUGGAGCCGGUUACCGGUUUCCCCUCAAGCAAGCCGUGACUGCGGGCUCUCUCGCCCUCACCGGCGACACCAUCGCUCAACUCCGAGAGCGAUGGGUGAAGACAAAAGCUCACCAACAACACACUCUCUCUCAUUCUCAUGAUCACUUCAAGGAUGUUCUGUGGACCCUCCUUUCAGACCAUGAUUGGCUUCGGGCUCUCCGGAUGACUUCCUAUGCAUUUCUUUUCUAUGGUCCUGGUUCAUAUGUGUGGUACCAGUAUCUUGAUCAUUCCAUGCCGAAGCCAACAGUAAAGAACCUAUUACUGAAGGUUUUAUUGAACCAAGUCAUUCUUGGUCCAUCUGUAAUUGCUGUUGUUUUUGCAUGGAAUAAUUUAUGGCAAGGGAAGCUCUCCGAGCUUCCAACUAAGUACCAAAAAGAUGCCCUUCCUACACUGCUUUUUGGAUUCAGGUUUUGGAUCCCUGUCAGUGCACUGAAUUUUUGGAUGGUUCCUCUUCAAGCUCGAGUAGCUUUCAUGUCCUUGGGUUCUAUAUUCUGGAACUUUGUUUUGUCUUCAACCAUGAGCAAGUGACUUGCCUUGCUAAGACUUCUACCAAUGGCUUGUUAUCAGCAUGUGAAAGUUGGAGCACUAGGUGGUCCUCUUGGUCAAGAGGAAGCGUUGAACCAGUAACAAAUAUUCCUUGUUUCAGUGGCUACAUUCUCUUUAACUAUAGUUUCAUUUCAUGUGGUUCUUUACUUGUAUUAGAUGUUGUAGGACUUGUCUCAAGUAAUAUUUAACAGGCUAAGAUCUUGAUACUUGUCUCAAGUAAUAUUUAACAGGCUAAGAUCUUGAUACAAGUUCUAACAUCUUUUUGAAUUGUAAUAAAUAAAAAAAAAUGUAGUUCUUAUUAUUAAUUAAAUUUGGAGAGCCUAAUGGAGUAAUGUUAAGCUCUCACUUCACAUCUUGGGUGUUGGAAGUUUGAAUUUCUUUUAAAGCCA